AUGAAUUUUUUGAAUAACUUUGCUGAUGAUUCUAAUUUACAUCUGUUUUUUUCACAAGGAAUUCCGUAAGAUUGUUUGUCUUUUCAUUAUAAUUGUUUUUAAUAUCCGUUUACAAGAAAAAUUUAGCUUACAAUCAAUUUUACAAAGAAUCACAAAAUCUUUUAUAUAAUUGAUGGAGAAAUCAUAAGAAUGUAAAAAUAUUUUAAUAUUAGUGAUUCUAUUGAGAAUUUAUCCAUCAGACCAUAUAUAUUGACAAAUUUAGAUUAAAUCAAAUAUUUAAGUUGGAUUGGUGAAUAUGGAGAGAACAAAAAAAAGGUUGGAAGAUGGUUUGCUAAUUGGGAUGGAAUUUUGAUGGCUGAUGUUGGUGGAUAUUACUCUCAGGAGGGAAAAAAAAUUGGUUAGUGGAAAGAAAUUAAUGAUAAUUAUUCAAAGUAGUUAAAUAAUGAUCUUAAAAUUAGAAAUAUCUAAAUUUAUCAAAUUGGAUAGUAUAUUAAUGAUUAAAGAAGAGGAAUUUGGAGGAAUAUCUCUAAUGAAAAAGAUAUGUAUCAAUAAAAAAUUUUUAGAGGUGGAGGGUUUUAUGAUGAAUAAGGAUCUAAGCAUGGUCUAUGGAUAGAUGUGAGUGAUAGUUUUUGCAAGUAAUAAUUUAUUUAUAGAUUUUAAUAUAUUCAGGGAAAAUUAAUUAACUUAUUAAGGGGAAUAUAAUAAUGGUACAAAGGUAGGAAAAUGGAAAAUCUUAUUUAAUAAUUAAUAAAUGUAAAUGUAGUAUAUGUUCAUCUUAGUGGUGGUGGAUAUUUUAAUAACCAGGGUUAAAAAAUUGGUAAAUGGGUUGAUUUGAGUUCGGGAUAUUCUAUGUAUUUAGCAAGUUAUGAUAUUAGUGAAGCGUAAAUCAAAUUUGUUGGUGAAUAUUAAAAUGGUAAAAAAUAAGGGUUAUGGGAUGUUUUAGAGGAGAAUAUAUUUACGUAUAUAUUUAUCAUACAACUUUGAUCUAUUAGUGGAGGAGGAGUGCAAGAUGUAAAUGGCUUAAAAUCUAGAAAAUGGAUAGAAUUAAGUGAUAAUUCUAAUGAGUAAUAUAAAUCAUAUAAUUGAUAGCUAUAUUCAUAUCUUUUAUAUUGGAGAUUAUAUCAAUGGUAAAAAGUAUGGUAUGUGGGAAACUACCUACAGAUAUAAUAGGGAGAGCAAUUUAGAAAAGAUGUAACCUGCCUAUGAUAUAAAAGUUGUUCAGGAUAAUUUGACGAAUAAGGUUUAAAGAACGGAAAAUGGGUUGAAUUAAAUGAGAGUUAUAAUUAGUAAGUAUUUUCAUUAAUUUUAGUAAUUGUUAGGUUAUAUUAUAAGGAUAAUAUAAGCAUGGAAUAAAGAUAGAUAGAUGGAAUUUUAUGUAUAGACUUGAUGAUGACAGAGGCUUUACUUAUAUGUAAAUUUAAAUGUUAAGAAAAUUAGUGGUGAAGGAUUCUUUGACCUCGAAGGAUAGAGAUAGAAAUAAUGGAUUGAGUUAUGGGAUAAAUUUGAAGAGUAUUAAAAUAUUAAAUUAUAAUUUUAGUAAAAGUCAAGUGAUUUUUAAAGGAAUAUAUCAAAAUAAUAAAAAGUGUGGACAUUGGUAAACUAUGUUUAGAUGUUCGUGUUACGACAAUUUCGAAGUAGUGUAAUAAAUUGAUUCUGAUAAUAAAAUGAAUUAGUGGUGGAGGAUAGUAUGAUGAUGAUGGAUUAAAAUUGGGAUAAUGGAUUGAGCUGAGUGAAGACUUUACAAGGUAAUAUUUUAAGUGUUUUAUUUCAUCAGGGAUUUCUAAGUCAUGCAUAAGGGGGAAUAUAUUUUUGGUUAGAAAUGUGGUUGUUGGGCUACAAUGAAAAGGGAGAAGAAGAAUGAAAUAUUUAGAAUAAUUGAAAACAAAAAUAUAUGA